AAUUUUAAUAUAGAUUUUUACAUUUGUGAGCUUCAUAUCCGUGUAAUUUCCUUUCGAAUAAACUCAAUCCAUUAUUUCUAUUUUUGUUUAUAUUUUGGACUAACGUACUCGGGCAAAGUCAUGUAAUUUAACGGACGAUAUUUAUGCCAUCGGUUGUGUCAGAUACUUAUAUUUGCACAUAUUGUCAUUAUUGUGCCUGCUUUCUUUAGUAGUAGAUACAGAUUUUCCAGAUUUUCUAAUUGUAUUAAACACUGAGGUGUAUAUACAUGUACACAAAUUAGUUUUUAAGUUAUUCACAAGUCAGUUAGUGCUUAUGUAAAGAUAACGGGUCGUGAAAAAAUACCGAAUAUAAAAUGAUGUUUAGAACGAGAAUUAGAGUGGUGUUCCUUAUCCUAUCGAUCUACAUCGAUUUGAUAUUCUCAUUUGAGUUUGAUACAUCCAGGGAGGAGACAAACAUGUGCUACUUCACACCAAUUGUGCAGGAUUCACUGUCCAUAUUAAUACCCCAGUAUUAUAACGUUUCGUUGAAAAUAGAAGAGUUGUCUUUCCAAGGAGAAGCUAACAUAUUAGUCGAAUUACUUCGUAAAACGGAAAUAAUACCUUUCCAUGUUAGUUACUUAGAAAUAGAUCUCAAAUCAAUAGUAUUUGAGCAAUAUAAUCCAAACUGCCUUAAAAUAGAGCAACCUAAGGAUAUUCAUUAUUGUAAUGAGACAAGCACUGUAACGUUGAUAUUCGAAGAAAUUGUGUGUCCCGGAUAUUAUAACAUAACCAUGAGGUACAGCGGUUCUCUGUAUGAAAAAAAAGGAUUCCUCAAGAUCAAAAACAAAAAGGAAAAAGGCAAUGUAGCCUGGUCAUACGUAACGAUGUUUGAGGCAGACAGCGGAGAAUACAUAUUUCCAUGCUGGAAGAAAGAAGUAAUUUCUAAGGCGACUCUUAAAAUCUCCGUCGAAUAUCUGCGUACCUAUCAUGUUAUCUCCAAUAUACCAGAAGAAAAUAUUGUGCGGGGAGGCAAGGACACAUUACAGAAGAUUUUCAAACCUAUAUCCAUAAUGCCCGUGGACUUACUAGCAAUCGCUGUUAUCAAGUGGAAUGAGUCAUUUGAAUUACAAUAUAACGUAUGGUUUAGACAAGAAGGUACUAAUAAGACGGGCUUUUUUGUGAAAACCGUCAUUGACGUAGCCGAUGAAUUCUUAAUAGGAUACAUGCAGAGACACUUGAUAACUUCGAAUAUUGUGAUUUUGUCCGAUAUCCCGAGAAAUACAGUAGGAACCGGGCAACUCGUACUUUUAAGAGAGAGUGAUCUCGUCUAUAAAGGAAAUGUACAAUUUCCCGGUCAUAAACUUGAGAUAUGGAAGACGAUAGCGUACGGAAAGACGGAGCAAUAUAUUCAAAGCUUUAUCAACCUAGAUCAUUGGUCUCAUAUGUGGUUCAGCAAGGCACUUACGUUAUACCUCAGUUAUAACAUCCUUGAAAAGAAUGUAAACUUCAAGGAUGUGAUGAUGAACCUUUUUGUAGUGCAGGUUCAACUGCCCGCUAUGCAUAACGAUAUUGCUCUCAACGUGCCAUCUAUUACAGAUCCAUAUGACCCAAUUUAUUCCAUUUUCAUUUACAAGAAAGCAUCCGUAUUGUUAAAGAUGUUAGAGCAAAUCGUUUCAAAAGAGGUAUUCCAGAAGGCCGUUGCCUUAUUUAUCAAUACAUAUGCGUAUCAAACCAGGACACCAAACGAUUUCUUCAGUAUUCUGAGUAAAUUGAAAAAAAUACCUGGAGAUAUGAUAACAAAUAUAAUGUCCAUUUGGCUGUCACAAAGAUACUAUCCUAUAGUGAUAAUUAGACAAGAUGGUAAAAAGUAUCACAUUACAUAUAAUGAGAUACAACAUAAGCAUAAUGAUUCAUUUAAACGGUCAAUUCCGGUAACAUAUGCUACGAAGAAAAAUCCACAAUUCAACCAGGAUGCUCUUAUAUAUUGGCUGAAUAAUAAUUACACAGAAUGGAAUUCUGAUCUAGUGUUAACAUUGGACAAUGAAGAAGACUGGGUUAUAUUGAAUGUACAAUAUUUUGGGUACUACCGUGUUCGUUACGAUAAUGCAAAUUGGUUGAAAAUUGCACAUUUCUUGAAAAAAGAUAACGGGAAGACUAUUCCUGCAUUGAAUCGCGCUCAACUCAUCGAUGACGCGUAUUAUUUUCUAAUGAUGGGUAAAAUGGAUUACAAGUUUUAUUAUGAGAUAAUUGACUUCUUGAGAAACGAAACUGAUUUCAUAGUAUGGCACUCUAUGAUGAAUGUGUUACAUUAUAUGUCGCCUUUCUUUAAAUUCGAAGAGAGUCAACGUUUCAAGAAACUCAUAAUGGACAUCAUGAGUGACGUAUUGAUGGAGUUAGGAUACUAUGAAAAAGUUAUAGAUGAAGACGCGUUGAAAGCUACGCGAUUGAUACUCGUUAAUUGGAUGUGUAAUCACGGUAAUGAUAAAUGCAGAAAGGCUGCCAGCGAUAAAUUAAGAGCAUAUUUUAAAGAAGCUGACGAGUCACUAAUUUUAUGGGGCUGGAAAAACUGGGUAUAUUGCUCGGGCCUCAUGAAUUCGGAUCGGGAGAUAAGGAUGCUGACGAACAGUAAAAUUUGGAACGGGACGGAUGAAAAUAUACUGCAAUAUAUAACCUGUUAUGACGAUGAUAAUUCGAUACAGGACUUGUUGACUUGGAUUGCGUUUAAGCCUCGUGAUAUCACGUCGCCAUUCGACGAUGAGCAAGAGGAGGACUUAUAUCGUGUCAUUGUGAAAAAGCACGCAAGAAAAUCUGAAAUAUUAGAUUUUAUCUUGAAAAAUAUGAUUCAGCUAUCGCCAGGUAACAUGUCUCUUCUCGAGAAAUUAGGUCACGUUAUCAUGAGCGUGCAUUCUAAGUGCCAAUUACAAAAGAUUGCGAAAUACGUAGAUGAUAAUAUUCAUUCGGACGAAACGAUGCGAGGAGCUAAACAUAUAUUAAGGAGACGAAUGUCUCAAGUAUUUAAGGAGAAAAAUAUGUUCAUUCAUCGUUUUCCCCACGAUGCUGUCCUAAAGGAAACCAAAUGCUAAUUAAUUGGAUAAGAAUAAUAUGC